UGCUGGUGCUGGUGCUGGUGGCGGAGGUGGUGCUAAUGCCGUCCCUCCUGGUGCUCCAAAUUCGCUGAACGGACUUCCACGAUUCAUCAAAGAUAGCAACGGCAACUGGGUGUACAACCUGUGGGGCGUUACCUUUGGAAAAAUUGGUCAAGAUACUCGCUUUGUCGCCGGACAGACCAUCCAGGCUGACAAAGUCGACUCCAAUGCUCAGAAAAUUUUCUAUCCAGAUGGCCCGCUCCCCACGGUCUGCGCAAGCGCAUCGACAAUAUAUAAUGUGCCCAUUGUCAAGAAUUGGUUGGUGCGAAAGGUCUAUAGCUUCCCAAUCAAAAGUCGACCCAUCUGGAACGAGUUGCGCAUGCACAUCUAUCAGUCGGGCAAUUCCGAGGAGUGUCACGACAUGGCCAGGUUUAAAACAUGGCGUGAGUAUCAGGAGUGCGCCAUCAGACGUAAUAUGCGCCUGGAUUCCAUUAUCCCAAUGUAUCCACUGCACCAAAUGGGCAGCGGAUUCUAAUACCACGCAGCCAGAACAGUUCACGUCAGAUCGGUCAGUCAGGGUGUGCUCAGAGCCUGAAGAGAUCACAACUUUUACCUCCGUCUUCGCCCGUAUUUCAUGCUAUGCCUUAAUGUAGUAUACAUAUGUGCUAAGUACUGUCCAGAAUAAAAAUGAUAUAUAUAAUGUUGAUCCAGCCAAA